AGGGUUUUAGCUUCUGAUAUCUUAAUAUGGAGCCGGAGCCAAACAAUAAUGCCAGCGGUAGUGGAAACCCCAAAGAAGAAGCGACUUUGAAGGUCCCAUCGAAAGAUCCUAAGAAGAAAGAUGAUAAGAAAGAUGAAGAUCUUUCAGAGGAGGAUUUGGCGUUGAAGCAGCAAUUAGAGCUGUAUGUUGAGAGGGUCCAGGAUGCCGAUCAAGGGUUACAGAAGGUUGCUCUCGAGAGCAUGAGGCAAGAAAUUCGGACAUCAACCAGCUCUAUGACUUCAGUUCCAAAGCCACUGAAGUUUUUACGCCCACAUUAUGGAACUCUAAAAUCAUUUUAUGACACAAUGCCAGUUUCAGACUUAAAGAAAUUACUUGCUGAUAUUCUUUCCGUUUUAGCUUUGACCAUGUCUGCAGAAGGUGAUCGGGAGAGUUUAAAGUAUCGCUUGUUGGGUUCUGAAGGUGAUAUUGGUUCAUGGGGUCAUGAGUAUGUUAGGAAUUUGGCUGGUGAAAUUGCACAAGAGUAUGCGAAAAGAGUGAAUGAGGAGGCAUCUGUUGAUGAUCUGAUAGAACUUGUGGAACAAAUUGUUGCUUUUCACAUGAAGCAUAAUGCUGAACCUGAGGCUGUAGACCUUCUCAUGGAGGUUGAAUUUCUUGACCUGCUUGUGAAGCAUGUGGACAGCACAAAUUAUAAAAGAACCUGUCUGUACCUAACAAGUUCAGCAAGAUACCUCCCUGGACCAGAUGACAUGUCAGUUUUGGACAUUGCAUACACAAUCUACACAAAGUUUGAAGAAUAUCCAAGUGCACUUCAGAUUGCACUUUAUCUCGACAACAUGCAGCAUGUGAAGCAGGUUUUCACAUCUUGCCCUGAUCUUUUGCGGAAGAAGCAGUUUUGUUACAUUCUGGCUCGACAAGGAACAAGUUUUGAGCUUGAUGAAGAGAUGUGUGGGGAUGAUGACGAGAGGGAGGCUUUGCAAGAGAUUAUUAACAAUACCAAACUAAGUGAAGGCUAUCUUACCCUUGCUCGAGAUAUUGAAGUCAUGGAGCCCAAAUCUCCUGAAGACAUAUACAAGGCACACUUACUGGAUGGGCGGGCAAGUGCUGGUGCAAGUGUUGAUUCAGCCAGGCAAAACCUGGCAGCUACAUUUGUGAAUGCUUUUGUAAAUGCUGGCUUUGGUCAGGAUAAACUAAUGACAGUUCCAUCUGAGGCUUCAAGUGGUGGCUCUUCUGGGAAUUGGCUUUUUAAGAACAAAGAACAUGGGAAAGCCAGUGCUGCUGCAAGUUUGGGAAUGAUCCUCCUUUGGGAUGUUGAUGCUGGGCUUGCUCAAAUCGACAAGUACUUUCAUAGCAAUGAUAAUCAUGUGAUUGCUGGUGCAUUGUUAGGAGUUGGGGUUGUCAACUGUGGUAUCAAGAAUGAUUGUGACCCUGCGUUGGCACUACUUGCUGAUUAUCUGGAUAAAGAAGAUGCUUCCAUUAGAAUCGGAGCCAUAACUGGUCUGGGCCUUGCAUAUGCAGGUACCCAGAAUGAACAGAUCCGUGACAAGCUGACUCCAAUUCUUGGAGACCCGAAAGCAGCGUUGGAUGUGAUCGCGUUCACAGCAAUUGCAUUGGGUUUGGUAUAUGUGGGUUCGUGCAACGAGGAUGUUGCUCAGGCCAUAAUUUUUGCACUGAUGGACCGCAGUGAGUCAGACUUGGGGGAGCCUCUCACGCGACUAUUACCUCUUGGCUUAGGUCUUCUUUACCUGGGAAAGCAGGACAGUGUGGAGGCUACUGCUGAGGUGUCCAAGACUUUCAAUGAAAAGAUCAGAAAGUACUGUGAUAUGACCCUGCUAUCUUGUGCCUAUGCUGGCACAGGAAAUGUUUUGAAGGUUCAACACUUUCUUGGUCAAUGUGCCCAGCACCUGGAGAAGGGUGGUGAAACUUUUCAGGGUCCAGCUGUACUGGGUAUAGCCAUGGUAGCUAUGGCUGAGGAACUAGGCCUUGAUAUGGCAAUCCGUUCGUUGGAACAUCUUUUACAAUAUGGGGAGCAGAACAUCAGAAAGGCAGUUCCGUUGGCUCUUGGUCUUCUCUGCAUCUCAAACCCAAAGGUCCACGUUAUGGAUACGUUAAGUCGACUCAGUCAUGAUGCUGAUACCGAAGUGGCAAUGGCAGCGGUGAUAUCUUUGGGCUUGAUAGGUGCAGGAACCAACAAUGCUAGAAUUGCUGGCAUGCUUCGGAAUCUCUCAAGUUAUUACUACAAAGAAGCCAGCCUUCUCUUCUGUGUGAGAAUUGCUCAAGGUUUUGUACAUAUGGGGAAGGGUUUGUUGACUCUUGCUCCUUACCACUCUGAACGUUUCUUGCUAUCCCCGACGGCACUUGCUGGGCUUGUAGUAUUACUCCAUGCAUGUCUUGAUAUGAAAGCCAUCAUCUUGGGGAAAUAUCACUAUGUUCUCUACUUUGUAGUAUUGGCUAUGCAGCCGCGGAUGCUGUUGACGGUGGAUGAGAAUCUGAAACCUUUAUCUGUGCCUGUUCGGGUGGGGCAAGCUGUUGACGUUGUGGGGCAGGCAGGGCGGCCCAAGACCAUCACCGGGUUCCAGACCCAUUCCACUCCGGUCCUCUUGGCUGCUGGUGAUAGGGCUGAACUUGCAACCGAAAAGUAUAUUCCCCUGUCUCCCAUCCUUGAAGGUUUUGUUAUAUUGAAAGAGAACCCAGAUUACAGGGAAGAAGCCUAGCUUUGCUUUUGGUUGGCAACAUGCCAUGUUAAAUUAGAUUUUAUAUCUUAUGUUUUCUUCUCUUCUGUGAAUCAUCUUCAUAUCAACUUUUGUAUACCCUCCCUCACUGACUAUUGUUGUUUUCUUGCUCUC